AUGGGAGCCGAUGACGACGACGAUACUGCGCGCUUGAUUAUUAGCGAGGCAUUAUUGUGUGAUAGCAGCCUGCAAGUGCGCGAAACGAGCAUUGCAAGCUGUAAGGUGAUUGCUGCCAUUGACAGUUUUGGCAAGAGUGAGACCGUAACACUAUUUCCUUCCGUCUCAUUUGCCGAAGCUUUCUCCGCAAUCCAGAGCAACAACGCCGACUAUGCUGUGAUCCCCAUUGAGAACUCAACAAAUGGUUCGGUUGUCCAGACGUUGGAUCUUUUGGCGGAUCGACAAGGAUCGAAUAAAGAUGUCACCGUCUGUGCAGACUAUUUUCUCACGGUACAGCAUUGCCUCAUUACUGCUAAACCGUCGAAUGACAAUAAAGAAGAUUCUUUCAAGUCGAUAAACAAAUUAUAUACGCAUCCUCAGGCAUGGGGUCAAUGCGAGAAGUUCUUGAGUCAGCACUUUCGAGGUGUAGAACGGCAGGAUGUCUCCUCGACCUCGAAAGCGGUCGAGAUUGUCGCCAAGGAGACCUCUGGUCAAGAAGCUGCAAUUGCCAGCAAACUUGCGGCUGAGUUCCAUGGAGCAUAUGUGUUGCAGGAGCAUAUUGAAGAUCGACCGGAUAAUACUACACGCUUCCUGAUUUUAGGGAACAGAUUAUCGGAACGCCCUUCCAGCAUAACUACUUACCUGAAGACUGCGGCCGCCGCCAGAGACACGGAAGGGCGGAAGAAAAAGAAAAAGUCACUCAUAUCCUUCACGAUCGAGCACUCAGCGCCGGGAGCACUGGCUGACGCGUUAUCAAUCUUUAAGAAACAUGGCUUGAACCUGACCAGUAUCAACUCGAGACCCAGUCUGAUUCGGCCGUGGCAGUAUAUUUUCUUCGUCGAGUGCGAGCAUGUGCCGGCUGCAAAUGAUGAAACAGCACUCGCUCUCACUACUAUCUUCGUUGCCGCAAUCGUCUUGAUUGGGCCCAUCACGAGUCUGUACUAUGUCACCAACGACGACGCGAAGCUUGGAAUGGCCACUGGAUUCACAGCGCUGUUUGCGCUGAGUGUUGGGUUGAUGACGAAUGCGCGUCGGGCAGACAUUUUUGGUGCUACUGUUGCGUAUGCGGCCAUUUUGGUGGAUUUUGUCAGUGGGAAUAUAUCGAACCAAAUCAUCUCCUAA